UCGAGCCAGUUCUCCCAGCCGAAAAGCCACCGAGGAAGAAGCAGCAGAUAGUAAAGCCCAAGGACAUGACUCUCCUACCCUUAACACCCAACUCCCCCCACUAACCACUAUGACCAAAGAACAAGCGGAAAAAAUGCCUUGGUUAGUGAUGGGGUUUGGGAUUGAUAAUUCGGGAACUUCUGGACUCCAUGGUUGUCCGCAUUGGUCAGUUAAAGACCCUGCUACCGCGGCGGCUUUUAGGCAUGGUUCAGGUGAUAUUAUUACUUUAUUACUGUGUCUUUUUAGAAGUGAAAUCCAAGAGGAUGCAGUUGACUUUGCUGAUUUUAGAGAUUUAGUAGUGUCUUUUGGUGUUCCUGGUGUCAAACAAAAAUCCUAUCGUUUUACUCGUGCUUUUAGAACUAUGGACAAAGCCUUUGAUUUGGAUGACACUUCCCAUUUUAUUGGAAUUUUAAAGAAAAAAGGAUUAUUUGGUGGUUUUAGAGUUUUAGGCAAUGGUCGAGUGGCUGGUUGGGGUUCGAGUUCUAAAAGAAGUGUGCUUUGGAUAACUAACCAACUCCAAUAUUCUCACCAAACUGACUAUGCCGGAGAUGACCCCCACACCAUCAACCCCCACAACGGCUUCUCCCACUAUCUCAUUUUCACCAACUUCACCACUGCACAAAUCAACGAAAAAUUCCUUAACAGAAACCAAGUUAAAACCCUCCCCCAACUAGUCGCCCGCUUAAAAGGCACCUUAGUCCGAAUUGGUCCCGAUGCUCUCGAAUUAAUGGAUAGUCAAAAUCCAGCCCAAAAAGGUCGCUCCAAGGAUGAAACCCCCAAGACCAGAAAAACUGUCACUGAAAAAAUCACCCCUAGGGAUAUCGAGCAAGCCGGUAUCACUCCCGCCGAAUUCGAACUCCUCCAAACUGCUUUCACUGACCCCGCUCAACUGGCUAACAUCAUUAAAAAAUUAGCCAAAAGCACUAAUCCCAAAAAGAUGGAAGAACUCUUUAAUCGAAUGUUUGAUGACAUUCACCCCAAAACCGCCGAAAGCAUGUUUAACCAAAUGGUGGAUAAUAACCCGGUCUUCUCAGCGGAAGAAAAAGCAGCAUUAAAACAGGCUUACCAGCAAGCCAAAACCAAGGAAGAAAAAAAGAAACUAUGA